CAACCACCCAUCACAAUACAGUAAGCAGUAGUUAUGCACAGAUGACACGUACGUCGUCUGUUCUUUGCCUUUGGCCUGCCUCAGAAUAGUCCUCCUCACCACAAUGCAUCUUAAAAGCGAUUUAUAUUUUUCGCUAUCCUUACAAAUUCGUCGGUAGAAGUGCUAUUUACACAUCAGUUAACAGCUGUCAGGUCCUAAAUUCGAUGUUUAACAUAUCACAAUGGAAAAACUUAGUAAAUCAGAACUUCUAAGGUACGUUGAGGAGCAGAAAGUGAAGCUUUCAAGAUACGAAAGUCGAUUGAGAGAUGUGGUCACUGCAUACAAGGGCUUGUCAAAAGAAAAGGAGGCACUUGAAGGAAGUUUGAUUGCACUUACUGCAUCUCAAAGCCAAAUAAAUCCUGUAAAAUCUGCUAGUGAAAAGGAAACUGCGAGUGAGGCGAAAACAACAGUCACUGGGUGUGACUCUCCAAAAAAUGAAGGUGAUAAUCUUGAGCAAAGUACAGAAAAUGCAAAGGAAGCCCAGACAGUGGCCACACCAGUUGACGGAGAUGAAUCCAGUGUUGAACAGUUACGUUUACAACUGGCAACAUUAACAAAUGCCCUAUCCACCUUAUCUGCUGAGAAAUCUAAGAUGGAAGCAGGAUUUCAGGCAGAUAAAAAGAAAUUACGUCAAGAAAAGGAAGAGAAAGAAAAAACAAUUCAAGACCUUCAGAGUCAGAUGAAAGACUUAGAGAAGCAACAUCGUUUAGAAUUGGAAGCUGUAAAAUCAAAACUCAUUGUUGAAAGGCAUGAAAGAGAAAAGGAGCACACUGACCAUGGAGCUAUGAUAAUGGAGCUCCAGAAAUUGACUACUGAGGAGCGAACAGCUAAAGAAAAUCUUGAAUCCACCAUCACAGAGCUGAAAGGUCGUUUGUCUGUAGCAGAUCUAUCUGAAAAGAGACUACGAGAUGCUCACAAUGAAAUAGAAUCUAUGAGAGCGAAGUUACGUCGCAGUGAAGCAACUGCUCAAGAAACAUCACCUCUCCUUCUUCAGCUGCAAGCAGAAAUGUCUCAACUGAAACAACAGCACACUGUUGCUAUUCAAGAGGAACAACGCCGUGCAAAAGAUGCUGAAGACACAGCAAAGCAUUUGGCAGCAGUCCAUGAGGAACGUGUUGCUAAUUUGGAAUCCCACUUGGCUGAACUUUCAGAAACUGUGGGAAGUUAUGAUCGCUUACGCCAGCAGGACCAGCAAGCUAUUCAUAAAUUGAAGGAUCAUAUAGCACAACUUAGCAUGAGUAAUCCCACUGUUAACAAAUCUGAGAAGGAUGAAUCUACAAUUGAAUUAGAUUCCACUACCAAUGUCCAUAAUAUAUUACAAGAGAUUUCAAAGUUGAAAGAAAAACUGAUGGAAUCUAAUCGAGUUUCAGAGAAACCAAUUGACAUAGAAGACACCAUUUUUAAUCUAUUCAUGGAUUUUGGUAACCGCCAAACAGAACUACAUGCUGCAUGUAGAGAAGAAAGAGAGAAACUUUUGCAAGAGCUGCAACAGACUAAAAGUACUAAGUUGCAUACAUCUCUAUAUCACUCAAGACCUAGGGAAGAAACUGCUGCUGAGGCUCUACAUAUUCAGAUAAGAAGCCUCCAAGAAAGAGUUCGUAUGCUCAACACCCAGCUUGAACAAGUUGAAUGUGCUGAGCAAGAAUGGAAAGCUCAAGCAACUCGCUUUCAACAGCAAAUUGAAACAGAAAAGAAUUCUUGGCGUGAGAAAGUCCAAAAUCUUGAAAUUGAGUUACGUUCUCGAGCUAUUCAAACAGAACAACAGUUGGCUCUACAACGAGAGCGAUCUCUGGCGUUACUUGAAGAUAAGGAACAAGAAAUACGCACUCUAAAAAGCAGUUUCCAGAUGUUUCUUCCAUUAGGCAAGAACAAUGAGUUAAGCAGCAGUGCAUCCUCAACUUCUGAAGAAAUUCAUGAACAACAGUCUCAUACUGCAGAGGCAAUCGGUGACUUGCCCAAAAUCCCCUCAGACCAGACAAUGUCAAGCGCUUUGCCAGGGAUCCUCCUUGGUACACUACAAUCUGAAACUGGUAUGAAUAGUGUGGGUCCCGGAGAUAGCCCUCAUAUCCUUCAUUAUGCUCACGAACUUGCCAGAAGAGAAGUGGACAUAAGUAAUCUGAGAAAGACUCGUAACAAACUUGACAACACUUUAAGAGAUAUGACUAAGAUGCUUGCUGUUGAGCGCGAAAGACACAGUGAAGAAACUUUACGCCUUAGGGAAUCUGUUGCAAGAUUGGAGCGCUGUCAGUCUCGUGAAGGUGCCAAUCUCGAGUAUUUGAAGAAUGUUGUGUUGAGCUUCCUUGAAACAAGCAGUCCCAGCUCCAAGCAGCAUAUGCUUAAUGCUAUUGGGGCUGUUUUGAAAUUUAGUGAAGAUGAGUUGGAUCGUGUGAGGCGUCAUAGCAGUAAUAGCUGGUGGUACAAUGCAACUUGAAUUCUGUUGUGGAACUUUAACUACAAUUUUGUACUCAUCCGGCAUGUGAAUUACUACUUUUGACUGACUAUAAUUUGCUGUGCUAUAUUAAUGCAAAUUUAGAAUAUUGAGGGUCAUCAAGGCUCACCUUUGCUGUGAUAUUGUACGUAAUGUUUUAGUAACUAGUAAUCGAGAUAAUUGAAUUGAAAAAUUGAAAUUGAAAAUUACUUACUGGUGAUUUUAUUGGUAUUUAAUCAUGAUUCAGGAGUGCCUUUUUUUUGUAUUCCAUUAAUAAAGGGUCCAAUACAUCA